CCGCGCGGCCGCCGGUUAGUUCCGGACAACGCCUGAUGUGUGGUAACUCAGCGGACGCUUCCUCCUCGUAGGCGCUUCCGGCGCGGCGGAGAAGCCCCCUCGGAGCUCCGUGGGCUUUGCGGGGCGGGGGGAGCUGAGGUAGGGCGGCGAGCGAUUGUCAGUCAUUAGCAUUGAUAAUCAUUUGUUGGUUUGUGGUUGUUUUUUCUUCCUCGCAACGUAAGGACAACGUAUUUCUCCAGUUCUUCAACUAUUCUUGCACAACGAGGAGAAAGAAGAAACGUUUCAGUGAAUGAGGAGUCUUUUGCUUCUAUAGCAUUUUUCUUGAGAAGUGGCUCUUUGAAUGAGGAUGACAAUGGAAGAGAUGAAGAAUGAAGCAGAGACCACUUCUAUGGUUUCCAUGCCACUCUAUGCUGUUAUGUACCCAGUCUUCAAUGAGCUAGAGAGAGUAAAUCUGUCUGCAGCUCAGACACUGAGAGCAGCUUUUAUUAAGGCUGAAAAAGAAAAUCCAGGCCUCACACAGGACAUCAUCAUGAAAAUUCUGGAGAAAAAAAGCGUGGAUGUGAACUUUACAGAGUCUCUCCUGCGUAUGGCAGCAGAUGAUGUAGAAGAAUAUAUGAUUGAAAGGCCAGAACCAGAAUUCCAAGAUCUGAAUGAAAAGGCACGAGCACUUAAACAGAUUCUUAGUAAGAUUCCAGAUGAGAUCAAUGACAGAGUGAGAUUUCUUCAGACAAUCAAAGACAUCGCCAGUGCAAUAAAGGAACUGCUUGACACAGUAAAUAAUGUCUUCAAGAAAUACCAAUACCAGAACCGGAGGGCACUUGAGCACCAAAAGAAAGAGUUUGUAAAAUACUCCAAAAGUUUCAGUGACACUCUGAAAACCUAUUUUAAAGAUGGAAAGGCAAUAAAUGUGUUCAUUAGUGCCAACCGACUAAUUCAUCAAACCAACUUGAUACUCCAGACCUUCAAAACUGUGGCCUGAAAACUGUAUAUGUUGAGAGUUGUACUUUUCAAUGGUGGAUAGGAUACCUUUAUAUGUAAAUUUUAAAGUUUUGACUGUAUAAAUUAUCAGCCUCUCACUCGAGGGGCCUAAUGCAGGAUUUUGAAUGGGAUUAUUGCCAUCUUACACCAUAUUUUUGUAAAACAUUGUAGCUUAAUCAUAAUCUCACGAUGAAGAUUUUGCAUCACUUUUUGCUAUUAUCAUUCUUUUCAGAAUUAUAAGCCAAAAGAAUUUACGCCUUAAUGUGUCAUUAUGUAACAUUCCUUAUAAGAAUUGUAAAUAUUUGGUGUUCUGUUUCGGACAUUUUAACUUGAAAGCGGAAAACUGCGAGAUGAUGUAUUUAACAAUAUUGGUGGCAAAUAUUCAAUAAAUAGUUUACAUCUAUUAGGCUGUCUUUUUGUAUGUGAACAGAAAAGCAUAACUCAUCUUAGAACUGCAGAGCAUUCAUUAAAUGGAAAAACUGAAGCCAGUUGGCAGUCCAAACCAGUACAAAAUAAAGGGUUUUCCUUACAGGGGAGAUUUUUGGCUGAGAUCGGAUACUAGACCCAAGUAAUUCAAUUAAAAUGUCUUUGACAAAGUAAUGAAGAACCUCAGAAGUGAGGUGGUUUUUUUGCUUUUCAUAGAAAUGAAAUCCAACUUGUGAAUCUUUUUGUUGACGAUAAGUUAACAGGUUUUUACUCGUCUGGUAUUCCAUAGUUUGGAGGAGAUAAAUACACUUAAGUUCACCCAUUGCUGCACAUAUUUAAAUAUUGACAGUUUUUUAUAGCGGGUACCUUCUGGGGAAGGAUGAGGAGAGAAGAUGGAAGUGAUGUUCUUACAGUGUGUGCCCUAAGGCAGCUUUUGCCAGUGACUUAAGUCGUGUGAUACCUGAUUUGAAAAACGUUGCUGCAUAGAUGAUUAAGAACUGCUGAUGGACAGAGUGAAAUCUUGUCCAUGUGAUUUCAUGGUAGUGUUUGGCAAUUUCUGAUAAUAUUGUGCAUUUCACUUUGAAGUGCGCCUUGAUCUUGUUUUGAAGUGCACGAGAUCUUUAUGGAGUGAAUUCCUAAAUGAAGCAAUUCCUAAAGCUGCAGAAGCCUGUUGCAGGAGGAUCGCUCGAGACUGAAGAAGCACAAUUACUACAGGAUUAAUUCUUCGUUACUGAAGAAAUAUGGCCAGGCUUUUCUUCCACACUAGUCUGGUGCGUUGUUGCUCACCUGGGGCAACUGCCUUAACCAGAGUGCAUCACAUGGGUCUUUGAAAUCAUUUGUCUGUUUAAAUGAUCUAAAAAGGAAAACGUUUCUGUACCUGCUGCCCUCUGAAAUAGCGCUGGAUGUUCUGCCGCAUACCUAUAUGUGGAAGUGUUUCUUGACUGAGGUACUGAUUAUAGUGAAAUAAUACAAAAGUGUGAAGGAGA